AUGUCUUUAAAUGGAAUUUUAGAUGUUUUAGUUAAUAUUUCAUCUUUUACUAAUAUUGACCUUUUUAAUUAAGGAUUAUAUAAUUUGAAAAUUUGCAUAUAUUAUUAAAAUGAAGAUAUUAAAUAAAAUAACAUUACAAAAAUAUUAUAAGAUGAUUAAAAUUGUUAAAAUUCCAUAAUAUAUUUGAUAAAAAAUAAUUUUUAAUAAUUUAGUUAUAUUAAAGAUUAAUACUUUUAUAGUAAAUCCUUUAUAAUUAGAUAUUCUGAUAAAUAUAUAUAAUUAAAUGAUAUUUGCUAGUUUCGUGGAAAUAUUGAUUUCUAUCCAAACGAUAUAUAAAAAAACUUAUAUUUCGUAGCUAAAUUGUACCAUACAAAUUAUAAAGAAAAUAAAAAAAUUAUUUUAAGUAAGUUUCUGUAUUUAGAUCUAUAAUACACAAAAGUGAAAAUGGUAUUUUUUGUUUGUUUAAUUUUUUAUUUUUUAAAAAUAAAGGAAUAUAUGAAUUUUUACCAGCUAUUUUUGAUUAAUAGCAAUUAUCUUAGGCCAAUAUAUUUAUUUAUACAUCAUUAAUAGGUAUAAAUAUGA